GCGAAGAGAUGGCGCUGCCUUGCAGCUUAACGCUAGGAAAAUUUCGACGCGGCUAAUAGGGCCGUGGUAGCAUAAUGGUCAGUGCAUUCGCCCGGAUUGCGAAGGAUGCGGGUUCGAGUCCCGUCCGCUGCCUGGUCCGCGUGGAUUUUUUUCUAGUAAACUUUUCUUUAGAUUUAAACAUCUAGCAGUUAAAUGCUUAAAAAUAAAUAAAAUCAUAACUACAACAUAUUUACUUAAAAUUAAGGUCAUUUAUCUGUAAGACACUUCAAACAAUUACAAAAGCAAUGAAGAAAUCACGAACGCGCCCUUUUGUCAUUCAAAUAUUCUUAAAUAGUCUGAUAUUCCUCCUUGAGCAAUCAACUUUAAAUACAUGUUUUAAAUUCAAUUAAAGUAUUUUCAACACAUAAUUCAUAAUAUAUGUAAGUACAUAUAUCAUAAAGACACUAUAAAAUAAGCUUUCUUAAAAAAAUAUUUUUAAUGGUCGAUUUAAAUUUAGUCACGCUUAUUUGUUAAAGCGAACACAGAAACCUCUAAACGAAUUGUCAAUUUUGUGGAGUCUAGUAGCAGGUAAAGUUAAAUUAUUUUUACUUCUAGUGUCAAGUGGAUGUAUUUCACUAUUUUUAGUAUUUUUUUUUAACAAAUACUAAGUUUUCAUAUAUUGUAUUGUGAUGCAACCGUCAUUAUGCCUAUUCCUUUAAAUCAUCUCUUAAGGAUUUCUUAACUUUAAGAUUAUAAAUUGAUCGCCCUAUUCUGAAACACAAAAUAUAGUUUGAAUGUAAGAUUACACUAUGAAAAUAGCUAAAGUAGACUAAUUUGGCAGUUCCUAUAUCCGGUAACUGACGUAUUUUCAUUACAGCAUAUGCUGCAGAACUAAGACUGUUCGACAAUCUAUCAAUAUAUGGGCCCCAUUGCAGCUUAGAAUCUAGUGUGAUUCAUAAGAACACUGUGGUACCUACAAGACUUAUAUUUCGAUCCUUUAUAUUUACAUUGGUUUUUACCUGUUUGGUAUUAGGUAAUACAAAUUUGAAACACUUAGUUUUCCCUUCAUUUUGCAUCAAAUUAUUAACAUUGAACUAGUGGACUACCUUAGAAAUAAACGUGGUCACGUCAUCAAUUUGUAAGUGCCUGUGACGUUUAAUUUUAAAUAAAAAACCUGGGUUUAAUUUUUUAACUUUGAGCGAAAAGGCUUUAGUACCAUAGACAACUCCCAUACGCUGCGGCAGGUCAUACAGAAGACCGAAGAUUAUAAUAUCUGCCACUAGGAGUUCGUGAACUAUGAGAAAGCCUUCGAUUCGAUUUAGACCUGGAGGCUUACUGCGAUCUCUUAUUGCAAAACUGAUUAGGUUCUUAAUAAGAACUGCUUAAGAUUUCGAUUCAGUCCAAAUUUCGGUACAAUGUUUCAAUAGUAGGGGAGUCCAAGUGGGGACUUUUGGAUUUACUCGAUGUGGCAGACUAACAGGACGGGGGCAACCUUGCACCUUGAAAAUUACUCCCACCAUACCAUGUGCGUGAACUUAGCACAUCAUUCCCUAGCAGAUCAAAAUUAAAUGUGAUUUCUUUUCGCAUGCAGCAGAGUUCUAUAGUUUCUGAUACUUUUUAGAAAUAUUUCUGGCGUUUUACGGGAAAAAUAUCAAUGAACAAAAUGGUCUGCUAUCUUCCCGUAGCAUAUCAUUUUGCAGCCAAUUGAAAACAAAUGUGAGUUCUUUUCGCAUGCAGCAAAGUUCUAUAGUUCCUGAUACUUUUUAAAAAUAGAUCUGGCGUUUUCGCGAAAUGUGUUAAUUAACAAAAACGUCUGCUAACUUCCCGUAGCAUAUCAUUUUGCAGCAGAUCGAAAACAAAUGUGAGUUCUUUUCGCAUGCUGCUGAGUUCUAUAGUUCCUGAUACUUUUUAGAAAUAAAUAGUUCUGGCGUUUUUAUGAGAAAAGUGACAAUACAAAAAAUGGCCUGCAAAUUCCCUUAGACCUUAAUAGAUUUUUUUUAAUAGAAACGGAAAUCAAAUGAUAUAACUUCACUCAUUUAAGACAAGCCUAUCAUGGAAUCCAAAAUCCAAUUCACUAUUUUUUUAGGAAUGGUGAUUGAUAACCAGUGUUCAUGAAAGAAUCUCAUCAAAAAUCCGUAGUAAGAUAAAUAGGUAUGCAUUGUGGCGGUUAAAUUGCAGAUACAGAUAACGUAUUACGUAAAUUAUUUGUGUUAAUCACGCAAUAUCACUUCAUGUAAAUUAAUGUCACAGGCAUAGGUUAGUAUAGUGGAUUGGGUCUGGAAAUGUCUUUUGCCAUAGCGUGUAGGGAGAGUGUUACGGGAAGUUAUCAGACCAUUUUGUUAUUUGUAAUUUUUCGGGCAAAAACGCCUGAACUAUUUCUAAAAAGUAUCAGAAACUAGAGAACUCGCUAAUUAUACCAUGUAAUAAAACCCAGUUCAUUGCACUUGUUUUUUAUUUCGAGUCUUUUUAACAAAACAUGCAUCUAAGCAGUUAGUUUAAAUCGUUAUAUCUCAGGAACGGUGGCUCUUAGGAGGAAAAAAGUUAAUGAUACCUUUUUCAUAGAUAAUUACUGAUCUCCGGUUUUUUUGAAGUAAUUUUAAGUACGAUAAAACUUUCCGUUUUGAUAUACAUAAUCGCAAAAAAACUCACUUUUUUACUAUUAACCUUGAGAUAAUUUUACGAUAAAACUCACCUUUUUGACCAUUUACCUCGAGCAAAUUUUACGAUAAAACUUGCAGUUUUGAAUGUAAUCGUGAAAACAAACUUUUUUGAUCCUUGACCUCGAGUCAAUUUUUUCCAAAUAUCAUAAUGGAGAGAGUGGUACCGGUAUUAUUACGUGAUAGAAUCAGAAAUGAGGAAAUCCGUAGCAGUACCAAAGUAACCAAUAUCGCUUGAAGUAUUGCUCUGCCGAAGUGGCAAUGAAUGGGACACGUAGCAAGGAGAACCGAUAGCAGGUGGGGCGGAGAGGUUCUUGAAUGGCGAUCACGCACCGGACGACGCUCAGUGGGCAGGCCCCACACGAGGUAGACCGAGGUAGAUCGUCGGCAAAGGUCUCGGGAAGCCGCUGAUUGCGAGUGGUGCAGGACCGAUCAUUGGGCGUCGUACGGUUGAUAUGAUUUUAAAGAAAAAAAAUAUUUUUGUAGUAUUUAAAACUGUUUUUGUAAUGUUUCAUUAAUUUUAAUACUUCCUACUCAUUGUAGAAAAAUUUGUAUUUACUUUACUCAUUGUAGAAAAUCGAUAAAAGAACACAUUUUCUUGUAUUUUUAAAAAUUCAAAUAUAAUGAUCGAAAAGUCCGUAAAAAACGGUCUACCCGGGUUUUGAUUACUCUUAGACCCUUUACCUUUUACCACUCUAGCGGGUGGCGCGGCCCGUUGCCAUGGAAAUGGAAAUCGUUUACUUAUACGCAUCUGAGCGAACCUCAGCACUCGCGCAACCUGGGUAACCCCACGCUUCUUCAUAGUAUAAUUAGUGGUUCAAGGAACUUACCUCAAAGUGAAGUUCAACCACAAUUAUACGAAAAUCAAUGUCCGAAGACAUUUAAUUAACCUUGUAAUGAGCCUUGCUACGAAGUACCUUCAUCACCCAUUUAGAAAGAAUAUUAAAAAAAAACGAGCGAGCCUUACAGUAGUCGUGUAUGAUGUGUAACAUUUGAAACCUCACCUUAUAUUAGUAAAAAAUGAAAUAAAACCUACUAAAGAAGGAAUAAGCCGUUUGAACAUUAUGUUCUAAAAUCAAAUCAAAUAGCGCGCGCUUUUGCGACAUCCUGUUACACACUUCCGUCCCAUUUCACGAAAUCACUCCCACAAAUUGUAGUAGAAGAGCUACUGAACCCUCCAAGUUACGGUCUUUCUGUAAGACUAGUAAUUCUUAUGCCUGGCACUCCUCAGCCCUGCUCGUCAUCAAGCCGUAUAUUUUUGAAAGUAUCAAAAAAAUAUUUAAAAAAAACCUUGUUGCUGUAAGCUUGAAAGGAGAUUGCUCAAAUUGGCCCAAAUGUACAAAAAAUAUUGACAUAUACGGUAAUUCUUGGCGUAAUUUAUACUUUAUUUUAGUCAUUAGAUUUUAACGGACACGGACAUAUAUUUGUAUAAUAUAUUCAUUUUAAAAGGGUCGUUUAAUUUUACCGGUUUAGAAAACAUACUAAUCAUUUUUAAUGGCUAUGGGUGUAGUAACAUUCAGCCAAAGACUGAUCGAAGUUGUAUAUACUCGUAUGUAUAACAUCAAAACAAAUCUAAUUUGUAAAGAUCGAUAAAAUAAAACUUUUGAAGUUAUACUUCUUUAGGCGCGUUAUGAAAAAAUGAUGUGAGUGAAAUUUUUAGAUGCGCGCGCAUCACUGUCUGUUCGAAAGGUACUUUGAACGAUCCACGGAGCUCCAUAAGAUGAUCGCGUUGUCAAAAACAAUGUUGGCACGCUCGUCGCCUCUGAUCACUGUUUUCAUAUUUAUAAUAUUUAUCCACAUGUUUCUAGUUUCUAUAUAGACACAACGUGUUUUAGUUACUUACAAGUGCUAAUUACAUAUGGACUAAUAACUUAAAUUCAGUAGUGAUUUUAAUUGAAUAUUUUGAAUAUUUAUUUAAUUUUUCAAAUUAAAACUGAACUUAAUUGACUGUGUUAACUAUCCUUUUCCAGUCCUUUUAUUAUUUUAUUGUAAUUAUCAAUUAUUUGCAUGCAAUUAAAAAACAUUUUUAAUGAUGCUAAAGAAGUAUAACUUCUUUAGCAUCAUUAAAAAUAUUUUACGUACAUAAGUUACACGCAUCCAUUUUUUUUUAUUACACUGUGGUAUUAAUAUCCACAACUAUAUUAUCAUUUCCACUACAUGCAAAUGUGCUAAGACAAUUAUUAUAAAUGGUAGGCGACAUAAAGUCUAUUGCCAUACAUUUUUCGCCAAACACCUCCAUAACAGCUUAUAAGGUGUGAUACACUGAAAAUCUAAAAUAUGGUUAUAAUAUAAACUUAACAAAAAAUAAUGAAGCUUUACUAUCUAAAUUAACGAGUUUAAAAGUUCUGUAAUCUGUAGCUCAUUCACAAUCAUCACACAGUUUCUGUCACAGAGUACCUUAUCAUGACCGGAAAUUCAUAUAUGAUACCUGAUUUUAAAAGUUACUCUUGUGUAUUAACUUUAUAAAAAGGCAACUACCUGCUCUAUAUACCUAAAUCUAAUACGUAAUUUCGGUAGUUGGCUUGAUUUCCCUAGUUUACUAUAUAACUUAUUUGUUUUUUAUUAUUUUUAUACCUUUGUACCUAUUUGCAAACAUAACCUGAAAAUCAUUCAGUGUUUAUGGUUUAUAAAAGUUCUCAGGGGUGUCCGUCAAUAAUAUUCGUUUCUACAGUAAUUUAUAUAUAAUUUCGAAUCUAGGAAACAAUUUUUCAUGAUUAUUGGUCUUUAGGCCAAACAUGUAAGGCUGAGCAAUCUCCUUUCUAUACAAUUUAGUUUAUUCAUUUUUAAGUUUAAAAAAAAUACCAGGCGUUUACGAUGAGCACAAGUACCCGCCAGGUGAACCGGAAUGUGUGUAAUAUAUACAUAAAAAUAAACUUUAUUCUGUAAAGUUGAAGAAGUUGAUAAUUUAUAUACGUGUUUGAUUUAAAGUAAGUAGGUAGAAUGCCAGGCGGUUCUGGCUAGCACAAGUCCUUGCCAGGCGAGGGGAAAGAUGCUACGGCACGCGAGCAAGGUCGUAAUAAGAAAACUUACGGUAUAUUAUUGAUGCAAAUUAAAUGAUGUGAAAAUAGAAGUUAUGGGUAAAAUAUUUUUUAUUAUUAUAGGUGUUUAAAUUAACUAAUAAAUAUUCAUUUUCAUCACUUUCUUCAUCAUCAUGAUGCUGAUUUCAUCAUCUAAAAAGAACAAAGUUCUAAUUAAACAUUACAUCUCUGACCUUGCGCUCAAUUAUAUAGAAUUCCAUAUAUAGGGUGAAAUUGAAUGUUUUAAUGAAACUUCGUGAGAUUGUUGGGUUACGAGUAUAGAGAAUGCCUGAUUUUUUUCGGAUUUUUUUGAAGUAUUUUUUUUCAUGUAUUUAUUUAUAAUUUGUGUAUUUUUUUGUCUUUUCCUCCUUUUGAGUAGUUAUUCAUAUUAAACAAACAUGCUUACAUAUCCAGUGAAAAACAACUAAUAAAUAAGCACUUCUAAAGAACGGAAAAACAGUAAAAUUCCACCGCGGGUCAACGACCGACCGCGCCCGCCAGCCGUUGAGUGAGUAGGUACGUACACAGAGCUCAGCUGACUCGUUUGAUUCCACACAAUACAAUAAAAUCGUCUUAGAUGCCUUUAUUAAAUUGAAAUAAUAAGCACAAAUGUCAUCUUCUCUUAAGCAGAGAAAAACUUAAAAAGUUAAUAAUAAUUUUGUCACGAUUGGAAAUAGGUAAAAGUUAAACAAAAAGAAAUACUUAUUGCAGUUCAAUACUUGGGUCAGAAUGAAAUUUAUUACCAGGUAUUCAAAAGUACUCACGAGACCGAUGUACCUAUUAAUUUUUUUCUCUAUAACUUCCCAAUAAAUCACCAAACCUACUUUCGUAAAGCCUUGUGGCUCUGCUGAGUAUUCCGUGACACUCGCAAUAACAACACACCAUAUCCAAAUUCUUAUAUUGAGGGCACAGAACAAGAACUAAUCAAGGCAUUAUUUGCAAAUCUUGUCUUGUCACAAAUUUAAAAGAUACGCACGCGCGCUUGAGACUCCGCUCGUUCACUGCGCUGUGCACCGCGCAUACCUAGAUAGGUAGGCAGGAAGGUAUUCAACGGCGGGAGCGGUCAUUGCUCCCGGCCGCCCGUCUCCUGUUUUUACGUCUUUUUUAGUAGUGCUUAUUACUUGUUUUUUACUUACUCUGUAUGCAUGUUUUAAAAGAAUAAUUAUUAAGUACCCAAAAGGAGGAAAGGACUUAAAAUAUAACAAAAAAAAAACUAAAUUUUAUUUUAAAUCAUUUUUUAAAAAAUCCGAAAAAAUUCAGAGAUACUCUAUAUACGUAACCCAACAUUCCCACGAAGUUUCAUUAGAACAUUCAAUUUCACCCUGUAUUUUUAUGAAAUGUGUAAAUUACCUUUAAUGUGUUCUUCAGUAUCACUUGACUCAUUCUCAGCAAUUUAUUCUUUUUCGUCGUCAGGCUCUCCCCGGCAGAGGCCUGCGGGGUUUGAACUUGGGAGGUUCAGAUCCUGCCUUGCACAGUUGGUCUUUGCUGAUGGCUGGGGAUACCCUGGGGAUAUGCUUCGGGGUAUCCCCAACACUCCCCUCUUUGGGGGGAGAGGGGUGUGUCCGUUUGACUCGGACGCUCACUGGUGAGGUCGUGGGAGAUUCCGUAAGGGUUCCCGUGGCCUCAUCCAGUGCCGUUGUCUCAACUACGCUGAUUGGGACCGUGGACCGAAUGAGGUGAGGGGCAUUGUCAGGUUUUAGUGGGUAGCCCCCCCCCCCCCCUCCCCCCUCCUGGGCGGUCGCUGAGCUAGUCCCAGGACUGGCUGAGCGGACGGGCAGGACGGGUUGGAAGGAGUCCUACAUAACCCCGUUGCCACUCCCAGGUGGCGGGGUAUGCAUCAUGCAUUUUCCUGACGAAAAAAAAGUUCCAUUUAAGUAUCGAGUUGCAUUUUUUCAAAUUGGUUACUUCACAGAACAUGCACACUACUAAAUAUAUAUUAAUUAACGUUAAUUAAUUUCAAAUUAUGAGCAGUCUUAAGUUAUGUAAGUUUUCAUACUACGACUCUUACUCGCACUGCCACAGCAUCUUUCCCCUCGCCUGGCAAGGACUUGUGCUAGCCAGAACCGCCUGGAAUUGUGCCUACUUACUUUAAAUCGCUUAAACAAAUACAUAUAUCAACAAGUUUUUUUUUAAUUUUUUUUUUGACAAUUUCAAAAAUAUAUAUCUUGAUGACGUGCAGGGCUGAGGAGUGCCAGGCGAUGCUUACCGUACUAAGCAUGCUAUAACUCAUCACCAUAAGAAUUUCUAGCCUUACAGACAGACCGUUACUCGGAGGGUUAAGUAACUAUUGGUCCAUUGCUGGAAAGCAAGAGGAAAAAUGUUACAAAUUUAAAAAUAUCUCUAUGUCAUCCUUAAAGCAUGUACCAAUGGAGAUGCCGUACCGUUUACUCGCCGAACAAAAUUUUUCACCAUUUUUUUUUGCGGGACCGUGUGUCAACGACACACGUAUAGCACACUAAUGAAAAUUUGAAAUACUCACACAAACACGAGCGUGUUAUUCCUCUAAAGGCACACUUCAAAAAUUACGAAAUAAAGUCUCAAACAAAAAAAACACCAGUCAAAACGAACUAUAUGAAUCAUUUGUUGAAGCAUGGAAUUCAAUCCCCCUAAAAAAAUGUAUGAAAUUGAUUGAACCAAUGCCACGUCGUUGCAGUGCUGUUAUUAGAAAUAAGGGAUACGCCACUAAGUAAUAAUUAUAACUAUUGGUAGGCUGUGGACAGUAGCUAUUUGGUCAACAACAAUACUGAUUACUAAUACUUAUAAAAAUAUUGAUUUUAUGCUUUAUUGUUGUUGUUUCUAAUUAGUUGACCAUUAUUGUUCAUACCUUAAAACUGAUUUAAAUGUUUGUACGUAAUGUAAUUUUGAAACUGCACUUGUGUAAUGGUAUUAAUAUUGUUUUUCUAAUAAAUAAUAAAUCGAUGAAAAUGUUGUUGUCCUAUUUAUUGUUUAAUUUCAAAAUAAAAACGAUUGCAGUGAAGUAUGUUACAUAAUGUCAAGGACCGUUGGUAGUAUUUCUAAUUAUACGACCACCACUGUAUAUGUAUAUAUUUAUAAACAUGUUGACCUAAUCAUUAUAAUCGAAAAUAAAAUAGUAAAUUUAAAUAAAUCAGGAAGAUCUGCUAAAAUAUAAUUUUGAUUAAAUAACUUAAUUACUGGUGUCGAUUCUGGCAUGAUUCUCUAAACCUACACUUAAAUUUGACAACAGUGGUGUCGAUUCUAGCAUGAUUCUCUAAACCUAAACUUAAAUUUGACAACAGUGUAUCCUUGUCAUUCUCUAUACAGAAUGAAAAGGAGAAACUGAUGUCAAAUUUAGUUUUAAGUUUAGAGAGUCACGCCAGAAUCGAUACCACUAUUAAACUAAACUAAAAUAAAUCAAAUCCAGUAGUCUAUAAUUAUGUUUAGUAAGGGACAAAGCUAUUUCAACAGUGAAGAUACAUUUGAUAUUCUAGAAUAAAUCAAAUGAUCCCAAUAAUUGGUCCCGAUUGUCAAAGUACCUUUGUUCCUUAAUUCUGUUUUUAAUUAAAUAAACUUUUUGAUCAAACUGAGUUUUUUUGAAAUAAGUUUAAUAUGAGUAUUUAUCGAAUAUAUAUAUCUAUAGUUUUAGUGGAGCUGAUUACGAAAACCAAAUUUUUUUCGAGUUCGAGUUAUUUAAUAUUUCAGAUUUUGGGACUAUGCAGUCCUAAUGGCACUAUAGGCACGGCAACUUAAAAAAUCGAUUUUGUGACGUUUUAUAGCUUCCAAGGAGCCCUAAGUUUCUGGAAAUUGAAUGUCCUCUAGUCGUAUUAUAUGCGGCUUAGAUGAAUAAGUAAUUAGGUACCACUUUUGUGGAUUAGAAUAAAAUACGCUACUACAAAAGAAAUUGUGUUUGAAAAAAGGAGAGACUAAUGUUAAAUUUACUUUUAAGUUUAGAGAAUCAUGCAAGAAUCUUUGUUUGUUUAAGUUAUAGAUCGUGAAUGAUUGAAUGUUUGUUUUUUUAUAAAAUCUGUCGAUGUAUAUUUGUUUUAUCAACAUGCUAUUUGUAUCGGCAGAUUCACUCAAAUCUGGUUGAAUGUUUUCCAGUGUUAAAAAUACCAUUCAUUCAUAUUUCGUCACAGCACUAUGAAUUUCCACCUAUUAUUUUUGUCAUUUCGCGCCUUUUCUUUAAAUUGAAUUUUAUACCAGAAUACUAACUUUUUAGAACUUAAAAAUACUUCUAUAUGAUAGGAAACAGCAUGUUUCAGCAGAAUUGAAGUGGCAGAUCGGUUUUUACGUGGGAAAACAACACAAUUUUCCAUUUUUGUUGAAACUCCGACCUGCGCUGCGUAACGAUCCAAAAUGAUAGCGGUCGCGCGUGAACGUGAACUAGUUUUAUAUAGCGCAUAUGGCCCGAUGGCCACGUACUUUGGCGGAGGGUUACGCCCGCCCAUGCCAUCGCCCUUGGUAUGUGCUCUAAGCUAUUUAGUAACUCUAUAAAAACAAGGAGGUUGCUUUGGAGGACAUGAAAUGUGCAUGUCUACGGCUCGGUGUCAAUAUUCAUUAUGUUAAGGCUAAAGUUUGGAAUAAGUAUUCAGUUAACUACUCCCCCCUUUUUGUUUGUGUCCUUACUUCCCCACAGUGAGUGAUGUGCGUUACAGUCAGCCGCUACAACCAGCUCCCAUUUGUGGUCCACGCAGUGUCUUACCAGCUCGAUCAGCUCCCUCGGGAGGUGUUUCACCCUCAUUCGGCAUGUAGACUGAAGCUAGUACCAGGCAGCCCUGGUACUAGUUUCAGUCUACAAACAGUUUUGAUUAUAUGUGGGGAUCGUCACAGCUGUGAGAUCUCAGGAACAGAAUUUGUUAAGCAUGGUUGUUAUUAUGGACUUGGGUAUAAUGCAUAUCCCUGGUUUAUCGAUAGAUGUGUUUAAGUGUAACUUGUUCUGAUCCAGGGUUCCUGGAUCACGGAGACGAACUUGUUGUACGUCUCCAGCACCCUGCGCAGAGUGGCCCUCGCUAUUUGCUUGUGCUGGAGAUUGGUUUAUAUGACGUUGAUGUUGGUGUUGGUGUGACUAUAGGGACUACUCAGAGUUAAGGCUUGCUCCCAGUUCCAUCUCGCUGGGACCCGGUCGGGGAGCUGAGGUGGGUGGUACCGUGAACGCAGUGCCUUCAUGCUCUGUAGUCGCACUCGGUGUUGCUAGUGUCAGGUCAGCCGGUGUUGCUUCGUCUGGCGCGAAAAAGCUGAUGUAUCCGCUGCCAGUCAUGUGUGCAACAUGGUGAUCUCUGUCCAUUAUCGUCUGUUUUUGGUCCUCAGGGAUUCCAAGGAUUAGGUGAACCACCUUCUCCUUAGGAUUACUCUGCGGUUUGUCAGCAACGGGCAUGUCGUAACUCGUAACACUACCAAGACAACCUUGUACCAAGGGUUCUGCAGUCUCCCUUUUGCAGGGGUGCUUAUGGGCGACCACAGACCACUGUGUUGUUGUUGUCGUUGUUUGCAUAGCUGUAAAUACGUGGAACAGACCAAGCUAGGGUCGGUGAGGGAUUUUUCGUUAAUAAUGAUACCCUCCUGGGGCACUGUUUCUUUUUUCAAGGCACUCACGUUGUUUUUGGGACUUUGGCGAGGAUGUGCCAAGUAACGCACACAAUUCUUUUAGGGGGUAUUUAGUUCCCCUAGACUAUGUGUUCCCGGAUAUGAAUGUGCGCCGCCACGGUUAUGGUGUGCGGGAUUUGUGUCAUGGCCAGAGGUUUCGGUUAUUUCAAUUACAGAAGAUAAUUGAGCAAAAACGGGCGGCAACCUCGAGAAAGAUAGUCCUCUAGCCUUGAUUAGGGAAUCUUUGCGACUUCCGCUACUCCCGAACCCGUUCGCCAAACCCAGUAUCGGACAGAUACUGGGAGUAGGUGAUCAUCAAGCAAGAAGGAGAUUUAGGUUGUAAAUUUUUUUUUGUUUGACCAUCCUUCGCCCUACAAAUGCUAGGUAUUCAUUACGUUAUGCAAUGUCGGUGGGGACAGAUUUUUCUGUGAUGAAUACUAAAAUGCUCGUCUUCAUCACACAAACAUCUGUUCCCAUCGGGAUUCGAACCCGUGACCUCUCGAGUAGACGACACCUUGGAACCCACUCGGUCACGGAGGUCAUCAAACUAACGCAAAUACUAUGUCUGUGAACAUAAGUAUGUGGACAAACCUUUAUAAAUAUUUUCAUAAUCCGUGUCAGGUAAUCAAUGAAACUUAUGAGUUUAUUAUAGUCAGAUAAGUUACAUUUGCAUUCUUUAAAAAAUCAAAUAGGUAAACUAUCGGACCCCAAUGGCAUACUUCUGUAAACCUAUAAUUUAAUUUGAUAACAGCGCCAUGCUCUAUAGUGAAUGAGAAGCUGAGACUUGUCAAGUUUGGAGAGACCAGGAGCUCUACUCUCUUUCUCCGAAACGAAAUUUCGGUAACGAACGAAUUUCAAACGAAAUUUCGCCAGUGUCUCUACUCUAUUUCAUUUUCGAACAGGCACGUUAACUUCGGAACCAUAAACAGUUUUCGUGAACGAAUGGAAUGAGUCAUGUUUGUGAGUUCUUUUUAUCUCUACUUUUAAGAAAACGUUUUUUUUACUUGGAAACAAUAUAGGUAGUUUACGGCAAUUUUUUUUGAUGACAUUAAAAGAACCUUCUUUGACAGUGUUAGCCGACUUAUUUGUAGAGUCGAUACAAUCUACUGUAUGUCAACCUCAAUUUGUCGUUUAAUAUUUUGAAGUAUCGAAAUUACAAAAAAUAAUAAAAUGAUGGUUUAUUUGUUAAUUUUACAUGCUAAAAAUGUUACUAGAGCUAAGCAGCUAUUAUUAAAAAUACUCUUGCAAGUAUUUUAGGCUUAAUUAAAACAAAAAUCUCAAAACGAAAAUGAAAAGGUAACACUUUCAAAGUUAAAAUUUCGAACAAUUAUCUGUCAAAUUCAACUUUUCCUUCGAAAGUUUUGUGAAUUAGAAAAGGCUUGGAGAAUUUAAUUGUCAAAAUAUUUCGGACGAACGAAUUUUCGAAAUGAAAAGGAAACAGAGUAGAGAACGUGCGAAAUUUCGAUCGAAAUUUCGUUUUUCGUUGAAAUAGAGUAGGCCUCCAGAAUCGGUUCCAAUAUGUUAUAAAUUAAACUUUGGCUAUCUAUAUUCUUCGCCUUCAUAUAAAUGAGAAACAAAAUUAAGUAUUGUCUAUAUGAAAUAUGCGUACAAUUAAUCUCGUAUGGCAACUCUUUAGAAAAUGCUACACUGUGAUUGGCUAAUUGAACUACAACCGUUCAAAUUCAUAGCAACUGUCUUCAUCGUCCAACUUCUAUCAAAAGUUGAAUUCAAACGUGUGGCCGUUUGAAAUUACAAUUUGUGAAUUUACUAACAAUCGUCAGUUUAUUGUAGUUAUUAAUUUUUAACUUUUUAAUUAUAUAAUAUUGUGAACUAGCUCCAUAAGAUGACGUCAAUCAAAGAAGAUGAAAAGAAAGAAAUUCCCGAAAUCAUACAUGAUCCCCAAACUGAGUCUACCUAUCAAAGGUUGCGAUUUUUUGGAAAGGGCGGUUUUGCUAAAUGCUAUGAAAUCCAAGACUUAGGCACUCAUGAAGUGUAUGCUGGCAAAAUUGUGUCUAAGAAGUUAAUGGUGAAGACGAGCCAAAAGGAAAAGAUGGCACAAGAGAUAUCUAUACACAGGUCACUACAGCACAAACAUGUGGUUGGCUUCCACAGUUUCUUUGAAGAUUCACUUAACAUUUACAUUAUACUAGAACUAUGUAAGAGAAGGUCCAUGAUGGAGUUACAUAAAAGAAGAAAGGCUAUAACAGAGCCAGAGACUAGAUUCUACAUGCAUCAGAUCCUACUUGGAGUGCAGUACUUGCAUAGUAAGCGCAUCAUACAUCGAGACCUUAAACUCGGCAACCUGUUUCUUGACGAUGAUCUCCAUGUGAAGAUUGGAGACUUUGGCUUAGCAGCCAGAAUUGAAUAUGAAGGAGAGAGAAAGCAGACUCUUUGCGGGACACCAAACUAUAUUGCUCCAGAGAUAUUAACAAAGAAAGGGCACUCCUUUGAAGUGGAUAUUUGGAGCUUGGGCUGCAUUAUGUACACUCUACUUGUGGGUAAACCACCUUUUGAGACCUCUACACUCAAAGACACCUACAAGAGAAUCAAGCAGUGUGAAUAUAGCGAAGGUGUGGAAGUAGCGCUGCUAGCAUGUUCCACUGGCCCUUGGCAUAAACUCGGCACUCGGUUUGCGCAGGCUUUAACCAACUAUAAUACGGUCAACCAACUAUACAGGAUACCGUCGUCGCUGCGCAAACCGGCGGCGUCGAUGAUAGUGCUGCAGCUGCAGGCUAACCCGGCGCGGCGGCCGUCGGUCGAUAAGUUGCUGCAGCACGAGUUCUUCUCGUCGGGCAUCAUGCCGGCCGCUCUGCCCGUUUCCUGUUUAACGACGGCCCCGCGUACUGAUCAGUUGGAGGGAGUGCCUCUACACCGCCGUCCGCUCAACGAAGUCAAUACCAACGAGCACGCAAUGGCAGUGGAUUCGCCAGUGAAACGCGACCCCAUUGGUGCGGAGCCGCGUGCCGUGGAGCCCACGUCCCACCGUCAGAACCUGGUGGCGCUAAGGGAUCAAUUGGCUGCGUUACUGGCCGGCAAGUUGAAAUGCCGUCCCGAAUGCCUGACGGAUGAACUGACCGACCCGGCGGCCCAGCCCCUCGUUUGGGUCGGCAAGUGGGUGGAUUACAGCGACAAAUACGGCUUCGGGUACCAGCUGUGUGACGAGAGCGUCGGAGUCAUGUUCAACGAUACCACCAAGCUGAUCAUGCUCGCGAACGCAUUAAAUGUGCACUACAUAAACAGGCAAGGACAAGAGCAGUAUAUGACUAUGCGAGACUACCCGCCUGACCUUGACAAGAAAAUGAAACUGCUCACAUAUUUCAGGAGAUACAUGACUGAACAUCUCAUGAAAGCUGGUGCUUCCGUGCCCGUUAGAGAAAGUGACGGAUUGUCUCGGUUGCCGCAUUUACACCAAUGGUUUAGGACCACACUCGCGGUCAUAAUGUACUUAACAAACGGAACUUUACAGAUAAACUUCCAAGAUCAUACGAAAAUAAUCCUCUGUCCGCUCAUGCAAGCCGUGACGUACAUUGAUGUCGAGAAGAACUUCAGAACAUUCCGUUUCAGCACGAUCGAAGAACACGGCUGUGAUAAAAAACUAUACACAAAUCUCACAUAUGCAUUAGAAAAACUCAAUAGUAUAUUAGCCAGUAAGCUUUGUUAGCCUAACAUCACCGUUAUUUAUAUAAAUGAAUUCGUACUGCCCGUGCCAAGAAGGGCAAACUCAGGAGAGUUAAAAACUAGUGUUCUAGCUUAGUACUUGUAACCUUUAGAGUUGGCAAUAUUGCUUACACUCUGGACCCUUGGUUUAUUACAAACAUUUAUGAUUUUUGUUAGAAGUUUAAUAUUGUCAUUAAAAUCAAUUUCGAUAGGUAUCAUUAUAUUUGAACUGUACUCCCAUAGGUUUUAGAUUUAUUAUUCACCGAUAGGUAUAUUUAUUCUCAUCGUUUGCUUGGUGUAAAAUUUACUAAGACGAAUUCUACUAACGGCAACGACUCGACCGCGCUUUUCUACCGUUUGUUUGAACUUUGGGCCAUUUUUACACGUAAGCAAUAAUAAUUUAUUUCUCAAAAUACAAAAACAAUCUCUAUUCUGUAAUUAUACUUAGAAGUUACAAAAGGCUGUUUGUGGCCGUAUUAAUGCCCAAAUAGUGCAAAUGUCCACUGCCACACUAUAAUAUGUUCAGCUUGCAUCAGUGGCGUAGCGUGCCUUGGUGGGGCCCCGUAUAAAAAAAUGUUUGGGGGGGCCUUAGGAAGGUUUAAGAUUCACACUCAUAAAAGAAAAAAAAUGUUUGCAUAAAAUAAAAAAAGAAAUAUUUAUUCAUAUUUCCAAAAUUUUUACAAUUAAUUCAAAUUAAAUAUACACUCUCCUUGCUUUUUUUCGGGAAACUGAUUUAUUAAAUCAUUUAUAGCAGAUAGAGAUGAUGAGUUUAGUUUUUCUAAAGUUUCUGCCUCUACGGAUAAUAGUGAAUCCGUGGUUUAUCAUCGUAUCGCAUGUACAUCGAUUAUUGUGGGAUUCCCCUGUUCAAGUAACGGGGAAAUCCCGCAGCCCGCGGUUACCGAUGUAGGGUGUUGCCAACGCAGGCUUUACGUAGGAAAACGCUUUUUUGACUUAAGUCAUUUCUGAAAAAAAAAAUGGGAAGUUUAUAUGAAUUUUUGCUUACGCCCGUUGGGGCCCUGUAUAAUUGAUACGGCGGUAGCUACGCCACUGGCUCGCGUUUAUUCUAAAUGAUAACAAACAAGACCUUCGACAUUUUUUUUAUUAAAAUUUUCUGUAGAUAUAUAUAAUAAUCUAGCAGUUUAAUACUUAAAAUAUAUUAAUGGCCUUUGACAUAUUUUUUUCCAAUAAAGGCUUAAAUUGCAUCCUGUUGUUACUAUACAAACGAAAUUAUCUAACAUCAGAUGGGGCUGAUUCAUAUGUCGGACCUAUCUAUACAAAAAACAUGAUCUAAAUUUUAUUCAUAAUAGAUUUUAUUAUAUUCAAUUAAAUGGGAAAAAUAUUGGUUUUUGUGACUAGUUUGUGUACUUCCAAAAUAAAUGCGAUUUAGAGUGUUAAUUAAUAUGGUAUGUAAAGUGGAUGAUGAUUCGCCAACUCGAGCAGGAAAUCCGUAUUACCAGUCUGGUAAAUAUUAGGAAAAAACUGCCACGAAAAUGAUUUUAAUAGGCGUAGACUUAGUAAAAAAAUGUGGCGCGGUCGCUGUCAUUUCUUUGGAAUAUUUUCCCCCUAAGUUGUUCAAAUGGAAGUUUUUAUCAUUAUUUACAGCGAAAUUGUUAAACAGCUAAAAUACCAUCAACCCUACAAAUUAUACAUGAUUAAUUUAAGUAAUUCUAAUAAUCAUUCAUAGAGAAUAUAAAAUUAAAUGGUAUUUGAUUAGUAGUGCCUUGGCCAUUCUUACAUUAGAGUAUAAGAUAAAUUUUAGUUGUGUUCUUUGUUUCUUCACUUUAGUUUAAAUUAGUAAUGAGUGCACCAUGACUGAAAGGCUGAAAGGGGUGCAAAUAGUUCACAAUCGUUUGGAGUUGUUUAUUUAGUUUUUUAACUAUAUUUUUAUAAAAACUGUUUCAGUGCUUCAGUAACAUCGGACUUAGAUUAAUUUGUUGACAAGUUAAUUUUCCUUGAAAUAGGUAAAUAGUUUUUUCAACUUUAUAAAAGAAUUUAUUCCCUCAACACAAAUUGUAUUAAAAAUGCGCAUAAUUUGCUAAAUGGUUUUAGAAACAUAUAUUAUAGUAUAUUCUGUUGUGUCAGUAUUAUAAAUAUUCGAUGGUGUUGAAGCACUUUCUAUUGCCUACUUACUUGGAAAUUUCUCAAGGGGUAUGUUACCUCCUAUGAGAUAAUGAACAUUGACAAUAAAAUUAUUACAAAAAUAAAACCAUUUUAUUUUAAAACAUAACCUUUAAUGUCAUCACUAUUUACAAAAGGAACAGUACUUCUUAAAAGAAUGCUAAAUUAAUAAAUAGAGUUGACUGACAGUUUUUAUAAGGAUGAUAUCUUCUCCCACGAUAUUAAAUACCCUAGAUCAAAAAGGUACAUUUGGACAAUCCACGGAGCUCCGUUUGGAGUCAUCUUUAAUGCAAAGCAUACAAGGUCUUAAUUUAAACGCAUGCGUCAAACACGUACGACAGUUCGAAAUGCAAGCUCGUAAAAUUUUACUUGUUGCCAUAGGCGGAGGCGGAAGAAUAUAGACCAUUUCAUUGACUAUGCGUAAUUCUGAAUGCGCUGUUAACAAUAUAGUAGGUACGGCGCGCGAGGUAAAGAGACUGCUAUAUAAGGCCGUAUACAGAAAGAAAGCUGGAAGCCGACCAACGCGUGUCGGCGCUUAUCGGCGCUGGUCCAUAGAAAUGCUUGCGCCGGUUACCGGCAAGGACCAACGCCGACAAGCGCUGGUGCAUGCAUUUGAAUAUCACAAAUAUUUUCUAUUAAAUCAGUUUCUAGUAAGUAUAAGAACGAAAUUUUCUUCAAAUGCGUUAAAUUAACAAACAUUGAAUAGGUACCUGUCGAAAAAACGACACUGAGUAGGUACUGACUGUAAACCUAGAAGAGCUCGAGUGAUGUUCCAGUACUUUUCGAUUGGGACACAUUUUGAGCGCUUGUAUGGUUGUUUUUAAUAUCAUUGCUUCUCUUACUUUAGUUGAAAUAAAAUUAAGUUUUUAAUAAAUGUCAUGUGUUAUUUUACAAAUAAUUAAAAUAUAUUAAAUUGCAUUUAAGUAGCAUUAGUACUAGUAAUGGUAGGUCUAAACUGUUUUAUUUUCUGAAUUUUUCCUUUCCAUUGUCUUUUGAUUUUGAACACACUUUGAAGACACUAGAUGAACCUCUACCACAUAACUAUAUUCAUAUAAACUUAACAUUGAUAUUUGAGACCCAUCUAUUGUUUUUCUAUGCAUAUUAAAAUCCUAAUGUAAAUGCUAAACAGACAUACAAAAAAUCAUAUUUUAAAAUAAAUAUUAAGUUAAUAACAAUAAGGUUAUGUGGUAGGGGUACAGGUGUAAUUAUUUCCAAUUCCAUAGAAAAAAACAGAUCUACAUUUUACAUAUACAAGAAAACUUUGUAAAAACAAUCAAUCAGCUUAGCAUUAAAUUAAAAAGAAUGUGUUAUCAUACUAUUGACUAUAAUAAUGCACAAUAUUAUAAUUCUGAAUGUAUUGCAUGCUGCUGGUGGGGCAGGGGAUCACUUGGGUGUACAAAUAAGCCUUCUUUGGCUUGCCAGUCUGUGUAAGCUCCAUACUGUGAAUUAAUACCCACAAUUUCUCCUUGGCCACUGAUGGGGCGACCAAAAGUCCUUCCUGAACCAGCUAAGAACCUGGAAAUAAAAUAAAGUAUAGACAUUUAAGGUGUACAUACCAAACAAUACCAUCACAAUGGGAAUUCGUUACUUUUCAUUUUACUUACGAUGCUGUGUCCACAUGCCUGAGCUUCACUGGUGUGUCUCUUCUCCAAUAGUCAUUGUUGCAGACUACAGUCCAGUUAUCUCCAGUAUCCCCUUCACCAUCCUCAUCACCAUAGCAAGAUACCUCUUGAUUGGAAGAUAGUGGUGAUGAGAAAUAGUGGGAAUGUAGAUUUUUCUUAGUAGCUACAUGUUGGAGUCUCACAACAGUAUUACACUUGAUUGGUUCACUGGAAGAAUAAGUUGAUGCUAUUGAAUGGAUGCUAAGAAUGACUUGGAAAGCAACCCUUGGUAUACUGCUAAACUGAAUUGAAUUAGACUGAAGUACUGUCUGAACAAAAUGGUUGCAUUUCCAUAUAAAAGGGGUUGAUGGGGGGAAAAAAUUGGGUGUAUUUGGUUAAAUUGCUUAACUACAAACCUGUAAUAAUAUACCCAAAAACUUUAAAUGUGGCUCUAGAGGCAUAUGCCUUGAAAAUAAGCAAGCAGAUAGUUUUGUAAAAUUAGUAUUAACUAUCUAAUAAUAUAAGUCACAGCAAACUACCCCGCCCCCCUGAAAUCAAGUAUCAAAAGGAAGAGUUCAGUCAUAAAAAAGUGUACCAGUCCAGCCAUCCUCAUCAUGCCAACCUUAACCCCUGCCCUUACCCCAUGGAAUCCUGGAACCCACACCACCAGAAAUUGAUUAUCUUUGUUUUGGACUUACCCUCGCUUGCAUACCUCGCCAGUGGGCGCUCGUAUCAACCAGUGGCUAUUAUGAUCAUCAGAUAUGUCGACUCCUGUUACAGACUGUUGACCGGAUCCUGAACCGUACUUCACAUCAUGCGAGUGUAGUCGGAGGCGGAGAUCCGUAUUGAUAAGUUUUAAAAUAGUGCCGCACGUGACAAACUCUGCCUUAGAUCCUGUUGAAAAAAAUAAAU